AUGUCCGCCGUCGCUGUUGCCAACGGUCUCGACAAACUUGAUGCGCCCCCUCUCACUGUACGUCAACCUGCAAUCUUCCCUAACCUUGUGCGCCGUCGCCGCGCCUUCCCUGCCUCCUUUGUGCACCAGGUGUUGACCAGAAUUUCGCAGCAAUCAGACGCAGUUGCCAGUCUGCUCUCCUUAUCGUUCUCCGAAGGAGGCUUGGCACCGCGCGACGCAACCGCAGCAGUCGCACCCAAGGUCGAACCAGCUCCGCAUCAACCACCCCUUGCGCCAGCUCCUUCGACGUCGGUACCCUUGUCGUCGAGCUUGAGCAAUGGCGGCAAGCAUCAUAGAAGGCUUUCUUCGACUGGCAAGACGAGGAGACGACUGAGCGAUGCUCGAGAGGCUGCGAAUCGGCCUUCCCCUAGUCUGCUUUCGAGCACCUCGGGACUCGCCUCCUUGUCCUUAUCGUCCUCGCCCCCUCCCGGCAGCUAUCCUGCACACCUCUCGUCUUCUUUCACCGGAGCUUCCCGCAAGUUGGCGCCUGCACCCCCCAAUCCCACCAACUCUUCCAACCAUGGCAGUUCUGGUGGUAACCCGGGUUCUAUCCCCAUCAAGUCUGGUGAAGAAGAAACGAACGAUACUGGGGCCAUCCCAAUUCCCUCAGCCAAUGGCAGAACCGGCAAGAAACGAGGCAUUGAUCACAAGUGUGAAAGCUGCUCCAAGGCAAGUUGA